AUGCCAUUAGCCAGCCAGCUCGUAAUCUACCCUCCGCCUGGGAGGCUGGGAGAGGCUUCCCUGAGAGCACAGUCUAAAGCUUUUAGAUUCUGCCACCUCCUGGUCCAACACAGAGUUGGGAACAAAGCGGAGGGGAGGCAGAAGGCUGACACUGAGACUCUGGCAGGUGUAGUUCUGGCUAAUGGAGACCGAUGGAGGAUUUUCCGACGCUUCUGCCUGACCAUCCUUCAGGACUUCGGGAUGGGAAGGCGGAGCAUUGAGGAGCAGAUCCAGGAGGAGAUCAGCUUUCUACUGGAGGAAUUUCGUAAGGCCAAUGGUAUGGAUCUCUAUGACAUGUAUUCUGGAAUCAUGCAGUAUUUGCCAGGAAGACACAAUCGCAUCUACCACUUGGUAGAGGAGCUCAAGGACUUCAUUGCCUCUAGGGUCAAGGUCAACGAGGAAUCCCUCGACCCACAGAACCCUCGGGACUUCAUUGACUGCUUCCUCGUCAGGAUGCACCAGGAGAAAAAUAACGCCCACACGGAAUUCAACCUCAAGAACUUGGUCAUCACCACCCUCAACCUCUUCUUUGCUGGCACAGACUCAGUGAGCGGGACCCUCUACUAUGGGUUCCUGUUGCUAAUGAAGCAUCCUGAGGUGGAAGCCAAGAUCUGUGAAGAGAUUAACCAUGUGAUAGGACCACACCGAGUCCCAAGUAUGGAUGACCGAGUCCAGAUGCCCUACACAGACGCUGUGAUCCAUGAGAUACAGAGAGUGAUCGCACCCCUGGGAUAUCCCCACAGUGUCACUCAGGACACUCAUUUCCGAGACUACCUUCUGCCCAAGGGCACUGAUGUGUUUCGCCUGCUUGGCUCAGUCCUCAAAGACCCCAAAUACUUCUGCUACCCAAAUGCCUUCUAUCCCCAGCACUUCUUGGAUGAGCAGAGCCGCUUCAAGAAGAAUGAAGCCUUUGUGCCUUUUUCUUCUGGAAAGCGCAUCUGCCUGGGCGAGGCCAUGGCCCGCAUGGAACUCUUCCUCUACUUGACCUCCAUCCUUCAGAACUUCUCCCUACACCCGCUGGUGCCUCCUGCUGACAUCGAUAUCACCCCCAAGAUCUCAGGCUUUGGCAACAUCCCCCCAACCUAUGAGCUCUGCCUGGUGCCCCGCUGA